GUUUCAGGUAUUUAAUCUCUCAAAUUUCAAAGAAUUAUAGCGCUUUAUGCUUCAAUUCGGCUCUCAGUUGAGCUCCAGGAGUUUGUGACUGGAAUUUAUCAAGUUCCGUUUUAGAUAGGAUGCUCAGUUUGAGUCAUUCUCUUGCAACUAUCAGUAUAGGAUUGUAGUCAGUUGAAUUUGGGGAGAAUCGUCAUCGAUGUCUGGUGGGGUUGAAGGGAAUAAUAUCCGGAGUAGAUGGAGCUGCAGAAUAAUUAUUGGUUUCAUGCUUUCUCUGAAUCAUCUUUAUAAUGAUUAGUGGUAAUAUUUUUCAGGAAUGUGCUGCUAAAGGUCCUCGACCAAGGUACCCUCGUGUGUGGAAAACCAAAAAAAAGAUAGGGACCAUUUCAAAGUCCCUAAAGCUUGUUGAAUGUAUAAAGGGAUUAUCAAAUGUCAAAGAGGAAGUAUAUGGGGCUCUUGAUUCCUUCAUUGCUUGGGAACUCGAAUUUCCAUUGAUUACGGUGAAGAAAGCUUUAAAAAGUCAUGAGAAUGAGAAGGAGUGGAAGAGGAUAAUACAGGUGACAAAAUGGAUGCUAAGCAAAGGGCAAGGAAGAACCAUGGGAAGUUAUUACACUUUGCUGAAUGCUUUGGCAGAGGAUGGAAGGAUUGAGGAGGCUGAAGAGCUAUGGCAGACACUGUUUACUCGGAACAUAGAAAGUAUGCCACGCAUGUUCUUUGAGAUAUAUGCAGACAUGGAGGAGCUAGGUAUCAAGCCGAAUGUGCCAAUUGUGACAAUGGUGGGGGAGGUUUUCAGGAAACUCGACAUGCUGGACAAAUACGAGAAACUGAACAGGAAGUAUCCUCCACCAAAGUGGGAAUACCGAUAUAUCAAAGGUAAGCGUGUGAAGAUAAGAAGCCAAAAUGCCGAUCAAAUUGGAGGCGACAGUGAGGUAAAUACCUCUAAAGUAGAAGCUAGUAGUGAUGCAGUUGAACUGCAUGAAAAUGCAGAGGUUACAUAGUGAUAAUUGUAUUUUUAUUAGCAUCAGUUUUGAUAUUCUAAUUAUUUGUGAAGCAAUGAUUGAUUACGUCCACCAAAAUCUAAUAUCUAUGAGUGUAUCACCUUUUGAAUUACAUUUCCAUAUGCAAUUGUUACAAA